AAGCAACAAAGAAAGUGCAAGUGCUAAAAAUAUACAAAAAAUGAAUGAUAUUCAAAUGGUUUCAAGGCGUAAAAAGAAGCCGAAAUCGAAAAUCCCUCGUGGCGCUAGAACAAAGCAGAUUCCACAAAAACGCAAAAUUCAAGUAACUCGAAAAUUCGAAGAAAAUGAAAAGGAAGUAUCCGCAUUGCUGGAAAACUCUAGCCUUUUGAGUGAGUCAAGCAACAAUGAUGGCCGUGAGGAUAACAAAUCGCCCAGCGAAAGGUUCUUCUGUGGCACAACCGAGCUUGAAGUCAGUGCCAGGCGUAAAAUGAGUGGCGACCUAAGUGCUCUGAGAAUGUUGGACGAGGACAUGAGUAGUGAGGAACCUGAUGAGAUUCUUUCCAAACAAUCGACUGAUGAUUUAUCCACCACCACUCGCAGCCAACAGCCAACCUUGGCAUCAACAUUCAUACAAAUGGAAGAUUCUGCAAUGCUUGAGAAUUUGGUAAGACUGGAGUGCGCUGACUUUAACAGGGAGUCCGAAAAGCACUUUUACAAGCCCAACUUGGAGUUGGAAACCUCUUUGGUGUCUUACCCCAUGGACUUUAAAUUGAAUUCCAAUGUAUAUUUGCUGAUUAAUCGUUUAUACAUGGAGGCAAAAUGCCGCAAAGGCAAAGUCAGCGUGGAAUUCACAAAUGCCUUAAAGAACUGCCAAAAGUCAGUGGAUCUACUCUUUGAUCAGGGCCUUGUCAAAACCUUAUGCGAGUUCAAAUUUAAGCCCAUAUUUGUGGAGCCCUCUUGGGAGAGCUUGGAGAUACCAACGAAAAAGUUGUUAAAACUGCAUAUUAAAGACGUGCGCUUUACCGAACAUCCACAGCUGCAGGAGGAACAUCGCCUGGCCAACAAUGUAGAGCUCAUCUAUGAGCAUCGCAAUCAACGUUUAAAAGAGAAAAUCACUGAAAAACUUUACGCCGAUUUGCAGGUGGAACGUAACAUUUUAAACGAUUUGCUGAGAUCCGAAGAAAGUGCCGGGAAGUCACUUAGCCUUAACUUAGAGGAGCAGCAGAAAAAGGCAUUUCUAAUCGAACAGCGUAUGUUCAAAGUCAAAGCGCUUAGGGAAAAGCUCUACGAUGAGGAGAAUACCAACAAACAAUUGCUGCAGGACAUCUUGGAGAAUUGGCUUAAACUAAAGAAUCUACGCAAACAUCAGAGUCACCAACUAACAUGCCUUAAGCUGCGGCUAAAAAUUGAAGAAUUGACCACAGCUGAGAGGAAGAAAAGACAACAGCUGUGGUCCCAUAGAUUUGAUGUGGAUCUCAAUGAAAUAUAUCGCGAAAAGCUAGAAGAAUAUUAUCGUGCCAAACGUCUUUGGCGUUCUCAACGUGAUGGUGAUAACAGUGGGGAUAUACUAUCGCGUCCCCGUAAACCAAAUAUAGGUCAGUUAUCGUCCCAAUUGAAGGAUGAGUUCGAACGAUGUUUUGCCAAUCCCAAAGAGCCUCGCAUUGAUGUUUUACGAAUAAUUGAUACUCAUACUGAACAAGCCGAUAUGCCGGGUCCAAGGAAACUGCAAAGCUAUUAUAUGCGUGUCUUUUUUGAUGGCCAAAUGGUGGGUGAGACCCGCUCAUAUAGGCUCGAACGAGAUCUAAGUUUUAUUGUCAAUGAAAAACUGGGAAUUGUUCUAAACAGGCGACUGCCGAGAGAUAUUAAAAUAAAGCUCUACAAGAAAACCAAAAUAUCCUCCUCGCAAAAGAUUGCCAAUAUAAUUGUGCCUUUGCCAUUGCCUUCACCCACCGCCCAGGAGACUCAGAGUGUCGCCAUUACUUUCUCCUCACACAAGCAACCCAUUUCAGGAUAUCUGCGUUUGGAUGUGGAAAGUGACGAACAAAUCUAUCCACCCGAAUUAGUGGAUAAAUUAUUUCCAGCACCAAAGCAGCACAUUCAUAUACCCAAGAAUAUCACGAGAGAAUGGUAUCAGCGAAACCUUCUACCUAUGCCUGAACCUUCAACUCACUCUGAGGAUCAAUCUGCCGUAUACUGCAGUGAAACCGACGACGAAGAUGGGGGAAAGGAAGCCACCCCGCAAACUUGUACUUUUCAAGAGGAUCUGCUACGUUUCUGUGAUAUAUCGGAAAUUGAGAACAAUGCUCGUUUAAAAGUUUUACGUUCGCGUUAUGCGAAAAAUGAUAUUCGCACCAAAGAGUUGACAUUUAUACCCAUGCUGGAUCAUGAAUUGGAAUUUGAUUGGGAAUCCGAGGAGAGAGUCAUAGAUCCAGGCAAUUGGAUGGAUCCCAUCGAUUUGCAUAAGCAUGAGGGUAAAAAGUAUUUGAAAAGUCUCUAUGAGGCCAUAGAAAAUCAAUGCAGCCGCAUGAAUAAAGUGGUGGCGGGUCGUGAGAAUUUGUUGCUGAAUGAUGAACCCAUGAGUUGGAGUGCCCUCUUUCAUACCAUUAAGUUAAUUUUCCAGCCACAUCUGAUUGUCAACAUACCUCAGGCAAUGCCUUCGGUCACUAGCGCUCAGAACUUGUCCAUGAAUUCCUCGCAAGAUUUUAAAAUUGUUUGCAAUAUUACCAGAGCCACUGGUAUACCAGUGAGAAUAACAGCGACCGAAGAUACGGACAGUAGAGGACGAAGUAGUACACCUGAGUCAACAAAUGUGUUUCUACUUCAAAAUUUGAAGUAUUCCAAUGUUAGACCAUUCAUAGCGGUGAGCUAUAAAGACAAAUUUUGUCGUACUAUGACUGCUGAAGGAUCAAAUCCAACCUGGAAUGAACAGCUGAUAUUGAAUUUAAGCGGAAAUUUAUCUGAGCUACGAGACGAUUUUAAAAUUUGCCUUUACGACGAAGUGAUUGAAAAUCAAUGGAACGAUGAUUCUUCUCUAAGAAAUGCAGACAUUUUUCAAAGAAUACAAAACAAUUGGCUAGGAGAAUAUCGUAUACCCAUAAAUGCCGUAUUAGCACAGCAAAAGAUUGAUGGCGUUUUUGAAUUGAAUAUACCCAAAAUUCUUGUUGGCUAUAAAAGACCCUCGCUAGAUAACAUCACUUCAAAUACGGACACAAAUAUAAUGAUAGAACAAUUUCCUGAAAUCAAAGAAUCGGUUCGUUUAUGGUGUUAUCUUAGUGUGGAACCUAGCAUGGAGCUACCCUCUAUCGAUACCAAGUGCUUAGAAUGUUCAGAACUUGUGGAAACUCGCAAUUUUCUUAAUUGUUGGAGAGUUGAGGCAAUUGAGAUGUAUCCCGAGAAGUUUUUGGAUCCUUUGGUGUGUACAGCUGAGGGAAAGCGAAUGUGCAUAACACGUAUUCUACAGCCAGUGGCUACUCCUGUAGAGGCCAGUGAGAAUCUGUUGGAUAGUGCUUGCAGAUUUGCUUCUAUGUUAGCCAUUACGAAAUCCUUUGAUCCUUGCCAGAGUUUUGAGGGCAUUUGGUUGAAUAAUGAGCUACUCUUGGACACCACUUGGGGUUCGGCCAAAGACUUGGGUGUAUUGCUCUGCAAUUUUCUACUUCAUUUGGGUCUACAAUGUUGGCUGGUCUUGGGCGUAGCCUAUGAUCACAGUGAAUGUUCUUUUGUGCUUUAUAUUUCCGAUGAUGAGUUGCUGUUUAUAGAUCCCUGUACGGGAAGAAAGUACUCGGUAAAGGAUGUCUUUUGUCCCUUGCAUAGUAUUCGAAUGGUGGUUUCCACCAACAAUUUCUACCUCAACAUUCAAUCGGAAAAUCGUGUCUCUUUGAUGAAUUUCAAUUUUACCGAUUCUUCUUGUUGGCUGCCUGGUUUUAGCAAACGAAAUCCCGCACCUUUGGGAGGCUUUCAACAGCCUUCCUACAAAUAUCAUCCCUCGUUUAGCACUGUGGAGCUUAGGUAUAAUAUUGAACGUAAGAUCAUGAAGAAGAUAAGUGCUUGGCGUACCAUGAGAAAAACCAUAUGGAACAGGGCUUUCCAGCCUCGUCUCUUGAGUAUACUACAAGCAAUGGAACAGAGUGCUACGUUCAGCAAUGGUUCCUCCUAUGAGGAACUUAAGUACAAUAAUAUGUUGGCCGCUGAAUUUCCUAAUUAUAAGAUUUAUGGCUUCACCCUCAACUACUCCUAUACGAAUCUCAAUCAAAUAUCCGAACGCAUUAAAACUACUGGCCUACAUCUUAACUCAAGUAAGAAUGUGGAAUUUUCUGUGGCAGUGCAUAUACACACAUAUCCAAAUAAUAUUCUGUCCGUAUGGAUCUUUUUAAUCUCAAUUGUUGUGAAUAAAUAGAAUAGUUAUAAUCGUUUGUAUUUGUUUAUAUAUUUAUGCAUAUGCAUAUGAUGGAAUAAAAGCUUUCUCUAAGAAGAGUUAAUUCAA